UCAUAAAUUAACCAUUUUAUUUUUCCUUUAUUGACUUCUCCCCUACCAACACUCCCACUCUGAAUCACUCUUUCUCUCUCUAAUUUUUCACACAGUACGAAGAACAACCCUAGGGUUUUCCAGAUUAAACCUUUUGUGCGUGUAAUUGAUUGUAAUCGCUCUCCAUUUCACCUUCCAGUGCGUGUUUUCUAGGUGGAGAAAACAAAAAAAAAAUUGAUGUGCGUAAUACUAUGAGAAAGGGGGGAGCGAAAUGGGCGUGGCUAGCAAGGCCUGGAGAUGCAGUGGAGGAGUGCUGGUGAAUAACAUCUCUGCUGAAAUUCUCCACCACCAGAAGCAGAAGCAGCAGCCGUCGCCGCGGCAGGACCGGCGGCAUUGUUGGAGUUUUUUGCCCUGGAGGCGGCGGACGGCGGUUCCGUGGACGGCGGUGUGCGGGCUGCUGCUCUUUGUUGUUGGUCUUAUUUCUCUCUUCACGGGACACGUGGCCUCAGAUCUCGAGUGGUACUCGCAGCGCCUCGUCAAGCGGACUUGGUACUACAAGAAGGAUAGAGGUUAUCGUGCACCAAUUGAUAUAUGGAAAUCAAAGUUUUCAAACUUGUAUUAUGGUUGCAGCGAUCGAGGCCCUCAUUUUGCACCUGCUGUACGUGAACGAUUUUCAAAUGGAUACUUACUUAUUGCGACUAGUGGGGGGCUCAACCAACAAAGAACAGGAAUAACUGACGCUAUAGUUGUUGCAAGGAUCCUAAACGCUACUUUGGUUGUGCCGGAAUUGGAUCAUCAGUCAUUCUGGAAGGAUGAAAGUGAUUUCAUCAACAUUUUCGAUGUUGAAUGGUUCAUCGCUUACCUUGCAAAAGACGUCCCAAUUGUUAAAAGAGUGCCGGAGAAGGUGAUGAGGUCAAUGGAUAAACCACCAUACACCAUGCGCGUUCCACGAAAAUCAGAACCUGACUAUUAUCUGGAGCAAGUUUUGCCUAUUCUACUGAGGAGACGUGUUGUUCAGCUGACAAAGUUUGACUACAGGCUUGCUAAUGACCUUGAUGAUGACCUACAAAAAUUGCGUUGCCGGGUUAAUUAUCAUGGUCUAAGAUUUACUAAAUCUAUACGGAGUCUGGGUCUGAGGCUAGUCACACGCAUGCGGAAAAUGGCAAAACGUUUUAUUGCCGUUCAUUUGAGGUUUGAACCUGACAUGCUCGCAUUUUCUGGGUGUUACUAUGGUGGGGGUGAUAAAGAAAGACAUGAGCUCGGUGAGAUUAGAAAGCGGUGGGACACAUUACCUGAAUUAAGCCCGGAUGAAGAGCGAACAAGAGGGAAGUGUCCUUUGACCCCUCAUGAAGUUGGUUUGUUGCUUAGGGCUCUCGAUUUUGACAACAGUACUUAUCUUUAUGUUGCAUCUGGAGAAGUAUACGGUGGAGAAGAAACUUUGAGGCCCCUCAAAGAGCUUUUCCCAAACUUCUACACAAAGGAAAUGCUUGCAAGUCAAGAGUUGGAAUCUCUUCUUCCCUUUUCUUCUCGUUUGGCCGCAAUCGAUUAUAUUGUCUGCGAUGAAAGUGAUGUCUUUGUCACUAAUAACAACGGGAAUAUGGCAAAAAUCCUAGCUGGUCGAAGGAGGUAUAUGGGUCACAAGAGGACAAUAAGACCGAACGCGAAAAGGCUUAGCGCCCUGUUUGCCAGACGAGACAAAAUGGAGUGGAGUACAUUUUCAAGAAAGGUGAAAUCGUGCCAAAGAGGAUUCAUGGGAGAACCUGAAGAGAUGAGACCUGGAAGAGGGGACUUUAAUGAAUUUCCAUCUGCGUGCAUCUGCCAAAAACCACCCGAGUAUUUCCCUCUAAACAAAAACCAGCCACAUCAACAUUUCGAUAGGUUCCGAAAUGUUUCUGUGGACGAUGAAUACUUUGGCAACGAACAUCUUAGAAGUUAGAACGAGGUUCGUAUAAGAAAUAAAGACUAUUUAUAUUAUAUAUAUAGAGGAGAUUUGUCGUUGAGAUGUUUUGUCCCUCAACUAGGUGAAAUUCCACGCCAAUUUCACUAAUUUAAUACGUGCAAUCGGGCAAUCUCUGUUCGCAUUACUGGAUGGGAUUCAUGUAUAGCUCACUUGUAGCAUCUGUGACCUUUAAUUGUCUAUAUAUAUGUAAAAUUAUGCUUGUUUUGUUUU